CUCAAUAAAGCGAACAAGUCAUCAAGGUAGAAACGGGAGUGAGGUGCUAGGGUUUUGGCGAGACUUGUUGGCUCUUCUGAACGUUGCAGGUCUUCUCCUCCUUCCAUCUCCACCAAGGGGUGACCACAAGAGAACACAUCUCAAGCAAGGCGAAAUGGGAAAGGGUACGGGAAGCUUCGGUAAGAGGAGGAACAAAACCCAUACACUCUGCAAUCGUUGCGGACGCCGCAGCUUUCAUCUCCAGAAGAGCCGUUGUGCUGCCUGUGGAUUCCCCUCUGCUCGCAUUCGCAAAUAUAACUGGAGUGUGAAGGCUAUUAGAAGGAAGACUACUGGAACUGGAAGAAUGAGGUAUCUCCGUCAUGUGCCUCGAAGGUUCAAAAGCAACUUUAGAGAAGGAAGUGAAGCACCUCCAAGGAGCAAAGGUCAUCAGAAAUCAUAGAAACAAUGGCAUAGGAGAAACAUAAUUUUGCAGUUUGUUAUUUAGCAGUUGAAGCCUUCUGUUAAUUGUUUUGCACAACAACAAUUUCAAUUAAAUCAUGGAUUUUGAAUAGUUGGAUAAACUGUCUUCUCAGAUCUGUUUC